AUGGCUAUCCUGAACACCAUCACUGACGUCUUGGGCCCUCUGCCCGAGACUUUCCAAGGCCGUUUGGUGGCUUUGGUUGUUGCCUACACUGGCUUUUCACUCCUGUACAUGUUAUUCCUGGUCAUUUACCGAUUGACCUUCCAUCCUCUGGCUCCCUUUCCGGGGCCUUUUCUCUGCCGUAUCUCGUGGCUAUAUCAGAUGUAUUUUGAAGCCAUCAGGGGAGGGAAGAUGCUAGAGAGGCUUCCAGGUCUUCACGAAAAAUAUGGUCCUAUCGUGAGAAUCAACCCCAACGAGGUACACAUCAAAGAUCCUCAAGUCUUUCAUGAAAUCUACGGCCAGAAGACAAAGUUUACAAAGGACCCCUUUGCCUACUCAUUUGGCGUGCCAACUGCUAUUAACGUGCUGCUGGACCCCAUUGUUCACCGCCAGAGGCGCGAGAUGCUCAACCCAUCUUUCUCCAAGCGCCGUAUUAACAUGUUGGAAGAUCUCAUGUACGAGGAACUUGGCAGAGUAUUUGAAAAGAUCACCGAGUUUGUGAACCAAGGAAAAGUCAUCCCAAUUCAGGAGGCUUACUACUGCUAUGCUGGAGAUAUCAUCUCAAGAGUCAUUUUUGGAAAGUGUCUCAAUUUGAUUGAGAUGCCAGACUUUGCUACGGAUAAAAUCGAGGAGAUCCGUGGCUUCACCAAGGGAGUCUGGAUUUCCAUUCAUUUUGGCGCCAUUCGUAACUUGAUGAUGAAUAUGCCUCAAUGGCUUGUUAGGAUGAUGAACGAGUCUUGGGUGGGAAUAAUUGACUUCACUGAAGCAGAAGCAUCUCAGGCCAUAACGGACUACCACAUGGAGGGCCGUGAGCCGAAGUCAGCAAAAGAUGAGACAAUAUUUGACCGUCUCCUUGAUGCAAAUCAAAAGAGCGAGAAAGAAAGAGGCAUCAAGUCGAAAUUUGGUCUCAAGGAACUAACUGAUGAAGGCGUCUCACUACUGAUUGCCGGCCUCGAGACGACUGCCACUACAAUCACAUAUGCCACUUAUUACUUUCACAAAUAUCCACAUGUACAGUCUCGCAUCAUGGCCGAGUUGAAUAGCAUCAAAUUGGAUGAGAAUGGGCGCAUGCCAAUUCAGCAGAUCGAAGCGCAGCCAUACUUUGUGGGCUUCAUCAAAGAGACGCUUCGCUUUUCUCAUGGCAUUCCCGGUCGAUUGACCCGGGUUGUCCCUCGCGGUGGUUUAACUGUGCCUUCUGCUGGCAAGACCAUUCCUGCUGGUUCAGUCGUCGGAAUGAGUCACCUCAUGAUUCACAUGGAUCCAGAUCUAUUUGAUUCUCCCCAGGAGUUCAAGCCUGAGCGUUGGCUCGAGGACGGAGGAUUAGAUCACUGGCUUGUCUCAUUUUCCAAGGGUACUCGGGACUGCAUCGGGAAAAACCUUGCGUUCACGGAGAUGCAUCUAAUCCUUGCCAACAUUUUCACGACCUAUGAUAUUGAGCUAUGUCCUGGUAGUGAUGAGGCCAUGGUAAUGACCGAUCGUGCUAUUGCGCGGCCUACGAGCAACUUGAGAGUCACGGCUAAGUUGAAGGCACGAACUGUAUGA